UUUGUUUUGUUAUCAGCUCGCGCUCUCAUUAUUUAAAUCUCAAAAAGCGUUAUGAUAAAGCGAAAGCUAGCCCUGCGGACAGCGGAACUGUCUGAUGAGCACCCCAAAAAAGCACCCAUGAGUGAAGAGACCACAUCUGCUCUGUUUGCUCAGUCCCCGUGGCAGCAGUUCUACAACAUUGAAGUUAGCCUCAAUGAGGCGCUUGAAACCUUUGCCACGCCCCCGACCAUUUCAUGCACAUACAAUCCCGUGGAGUACGCGUCAUCCCUGCACUGCGCCUAUUUGCGCCGCUUUCUAGAUGGACCGAAGCGCGUCAUGUUCAUAGGCAUGAAUCCGGGACCCACUGGCAUGGCUCAAACGGGAAUUCCCUUUGGCAAUGUGCGCACUGUAAGCGAGUUAAUGGAGAUCUCCGGAGAGGUCGGAAGGCCGCCAGUAAUCCAUCCUAAGCGACCAGUUGUGGGCUUGCAGUGCAAAACAGAGGAGCGUAGUGGGGUGCGCUUGUGGGAACUAUUUCUACGUUUGGCGGGCGGCCGACUAGACACAUUUUCGCGACAAUGCUUUGUGCAUAACUUUUGUCCACUUGCCUUCUUCGAUGCUGCCGGAAAAAACAUAACACCGACCGAGCUAAAGGGUCCGUACAAGCAGAAGAUCCGUGACGUUUGCUUGGAUGCCUUGGAGAAGCAGUUGCAGAUUGUCAGGCCCCAGGUGGUGGUGGCUGUGGGCGAUUAUGUGUAUCAAACGUUGCAGCGCUCGGAAUACUGCAAAGCGGUGUCUUUGCUGCGUUUGGCGCAUCCAAGUCCGCGUUCUGUAAACAACACAAAUUGGCCAGAGAAGGCUCAGGAGUUUCUGGAGCAGCAUGGCUUGAUACAGUUCAUGCGUAAUGAGGUAUAAACAAAGGCAUUUUCAAUGCGUGAACUGAAAGAACCCAUCGAUAAAAUUCAAGGACAUUCCGCUGGCAAUAUCGGAAGGCAUACAGGCCCAAAAAUAUUCACAAU